AUGUCCGCCCCUGGCGGCGCCCCUAGCCCUGUGCCGCGUAGCGGUAGUAUGGGACCCGGUGCAAAUGGCAGUGGGAUGCCUAUGAAUUCCCAGCAGCCCUUGUCUGGAACACCAGUACAUCAGCCGCCGACCCCAGGCCCGCCGCCUCCUCAGAGUGGCGCGAUGUCUCAGCAGAAUUUGAACCAAAUUGUCAUUGACUACUUAGCCAAGAAGGGCUACAGCCGCACAGAGGCCAUGCUGCGGAUGGAAUCAGCAAAUCAAGAAAUUGAUGGCCGCCCUCUACCUCCUCUUGGCGAGGAUGCUCGCCCUAAGUUUAAACAGGGUUUUGAUCUUCUGAAGACAUGGGUCGAGGAAAAUCUUGAUCUGUACAAGCCGGAACUUCGCCGAGUUUUGUGGCCACUCUUUGUCUACUCUUUCCUGAAUAUGAUCACUUCUUUUUACCCACAGGAUGCAAAGCAGUUUUUUGAGGCCAACAAAAACAUAUUCCUACCGGAACAUACAGAUGAUGUCCGUGUUUUUGAACCAAUCAGUCUGCCGGAGCAUGUUCAGAGCAACUCCGUCGCCAAGCUCUACCGCACUAACAAAUAUCGAGUCGUUCUCAGCAAUCCCGCAUACACGAACCUUCUGCAAUUCUUAGAAAACAAGGAAAAAGAAGGAGGAUCCGUGAUGAACGCAAUCCUCAGCAGUUUCUGCACUGUCAAGACCAUGGACCGCGCCGCCGAUGACAGGUUCAGUUUUGCUACUAUGCUGGGUCAGAUUGGAGCAGGUCAGUCGUUUCCUGCCGAGGAUGAAGGUAUACCUGGUCAUCAUCCCGGCUCGGCUUACACUGGGGACAACCCUGCCAUGGCGGGCACCCUGCCACGACUUCGCCUGGGAAAGAUGCCCAUGGAGCCAGUGAUGGAAGAAGACGUGCGGGCUGAACUCGCCGACGAGGAUGCCAGAGAACCCCCGAUCGCCGGGCGUAACACGCUUGUCCAGGAGUUUGAGCAGAUGAUCAAAAAGGAGGAAGAUGACGAGGCACCCACCCGCGCUGAUAUUCCCUUCCCGCCCUCCACUGCUCGCGAUGUCCGUAUCGAGACCAUGAAGGUGAAGGAAAACCGGGAUCGAUACAAGAUUGAGGGGCGCACUGGCGGCGUGGGCCCUGAUGACAACGUCCUUGUGGCUGCUGGUUUCGAGCAUUCAUAUAUCCGUGUGUGGACUCUUGAUGGCAAUAACAUUGAAGCCGCCUAUCCAGAAUUGGAUGACCAGCCCCCUGCCAAUUCCCGUCGUUUGAUUGGCCACUCUGGCCCUGUUUAUGCGGUUGCCUUUCAGCCGUCAGCUACACGCGCUGAGAAUAUGGCCCCCGAUGACUAUGUGCCUACCAAUGCUCGUUUCCUCCUCUCGUCUUCUGCGGACAAGACCAUUCGACUUUGGUCUCUUGAUACUUGGCAAUGCAUGGUUGUCUACAAAGGUCAUGAUCGCCCUGUCUGGGACCUUUGCUGGGGACCAUUUGGCCACUAUUUUGUUUCAGGGGGCUCUGACCGGACUGCCCGUCUCUGGGUCACAGAUCAUAUCCGUCAACAGCGCAUCUUUGUUGGUCACGACCAAGAUGUGGAUUGCGUCUGCUUUCACCCUAAUUCUGCGUACAUCUUCACUGCUAGCUGCGAUCACACCGUGCGGAUGUGGGCCGUCACUACUGGAAAUGCGGUGCGCAUGUUCACCGGGCAUACCGGCAACAUCACUGCCAUGGAAUGCAGCCGGGAUGGAAAGAUCCUUGCCUCUGCAGACGAUCAAGGAUCAAUCUUCCUGUGGGACCUGGCUCCUGGUCGACUGCUGAAGCGCAUGCGUGGACAUGGAAAGGGUGGGAUCUGGUCCCUCAGCUGGAGUGUUGAGUCGACUGUGCUGGUUUCGGGUGGCGCAGAUGGAACUGUCCGGAUUUGGGACGUUACUGGUCCCCAAGACGCAACCCAGGCUCGGACGACUGGUGAAGGCUCUGGCGCAGCCAAAAUUGAUGCUACCAAUGCCACGGCGGGGGCCGCUGCCGCUCAGAAUAAGAAAAAGAAAGGCAAGGAUGUCGUGGUGACUCCUGACCAGAUAAGUGCCUUCCCAACUAAAAAGACCACCUUGUACAAAGUCAAGUUCACGAACAUGAACCUGGUUGUCGCUGGUGGUGCCUACCUCCCUUAG